GCAACUUCACUUUUAUCAUGGACCUUUUCUACUCGGGUCGGUACCAGAGAGCUCAAGGACUUGCGGACUAUCCGGUUCCAGUAAUGAUUAAUGAGCCCCUGUACAUUCAGUACAGCGUCAAAUCCACUACAGGGAACCUGAGCGUGCUUGCCGACUCGUGUCGCGCGACCCUGACAAAGGAACCUUACUCGUCGCCAUUUUACACCUUUAUAGAAAAGGGUUGUGCUAAGGACAACACCAUGUCAUACGUGUACAAGCCUGGCUCCACCACCCAGCGAUUCACCAUCUACUCGUUCCGCUUCGUCCAUCAGCACCCGGACCAGGUUGUGUACCUCCACUGCCGCCUUAUCGUGUGUCACCGUCUGUCGUACGACUCCCGGUGCCAGCAGGGUUGCUAUGGGAGACGGCGUAGGGAGGUGAACGCCGAGGACGAGAGGGCGGAGGAUCUGUACCUUACACUGAAGGCCAGUAACGGACAAAGAGGGGCAGGGAACCAGAAAGUCUCCAACACCUCAACAGCCACUAGCGUAGGCCUGGGUACACUCGGAGGCCUGGUUGUAGUCCUCCUCGCAGUGAUUGGCGUCUUUGUCAUGCGCAAAAGGAUCGAGAAGAACAAACCAGCCUCCCAGGUUAACACGGUUGCCUCAGCAACAAAUCAGGUCGUUACUAUUGACGACGAGAGUUUUCAAAAUCAUGCGCAGUCAACUGCCUGAUGCCAUCGCGCUGGGCGCUACGUUCAUCCGCACAAUAGAUAUCAGUGAGACCUCCUAUCAAAAAUAACGUUAAAAUGAUGCCUUGUUAAUCUUUACUCUAGCAAGUCAAAUAUGACUGCUUAAUACACAGGUAGCCCAAGCUUCGUACGUUCUUCGUUAGUACGUUAAACAUUGUACCGAAAACAUAAAAAUAAAACAAAAUAAAACAUAGUUGUCGAAAAGAA